CGUGGCUACACGCGAAGCCCCGGGUCUCGCCUCGCCGCAUGCGCGGUGGCCACGGGAAGUGGCUACUCGUUCCGCGCCUUUUCCGGUGCUGCCGAGACCGGACAGGAGCGGAGCGGCGCCCAGAGCAGACCGGACCGGCUUCAACCCAGACCACUCAGAGCAAGGGAGCCCGAAUCAAUGAGCUUGUCCGAAAGUGCGGUGCCGGUGCUGUAGUUACAGCGCGGGCGGGGUUCACACACUCACUGACAGCUGCAGCCCUGAGCUGCCGAGUCAAGAGCAGGCGGCAGGAUUUCAGGAGGCCUUCGCCCCUUUUCCCUCCACCCCAGACGUCCGCCACGCGCCUCUCGCUGCCGUAGUCUCUUAUGUACUUUCUAGAAGAUGGGAAAGGUACUGUCGAAGAUAUUUGGGAACAAGGAGAUGCGUAUAUUGAUGCUUGGACUUGACGCAGCCGGUAAGACCACGAUCCUGUACAAACUAAAACUGGGCCAGUCAGUCACCACCAUUCCCACCGUGGGCUUCAACGUGGAGACAGUGACUUAUAAGAACGUAAAAUUCAAUGUCUGGGACGUGGGUGGUCAGGAUAAAAUCCGGCCUCUGUGGCGGCACUACUACACUGGGACCCAGGGAUUAAUAUUUGUGGUAGACUGUGCCGACAGAGAUCGGAUAGAUGAGGCCAGGCAAGAGCUCUUACGCAUCAUCAACGACCGGGAGAUGAGAGAUGCUAUCAUCCUGAUAUUUGCAAAUAAGCAAGAUUUGGCCGAUGCUAUGAAGCCACAUGAAAUUCAAGAGAAAUUAGGUUUAACUCGUAUCCGGGAUAGAAAUUGGUACGUGCAGCCGUCCUGUGCAACUUCAGGAGAUGGACUAUUUGAAGGCCUUACGUGGCUAACGUCCAAUUACAAAUCUAAAUGAGUAUAUCGAAACAAAACUUAUGGCAAAUAGUUGCCUCUCGGAAGAAUAUAUACUGAGAGAAGUGAUCGUUGCCCUUUUACUAAUCAUUGUUUGCUUUUUUUUGCAUUUGUUGGCUUUGCUUUAAUUCAGCACAUAUGAAAUUUUCUAACCUUGUGAACGACAUCGCAAUAUUAAGCAUUUUGAAAGGUUUUUCUUUAAAAUGUUUGCUAUGAUUUGAAUAACUUCCUCUUUCUGUAUUAUGAUUCGAUUUGAGUUUUCCAAUACUUAAAGCUGUUUAGACUUCCUUUAUAAUUGCUGUAGAUCGCCGAUUUUACAUUAAUGGAAAAAAAUGUCUGGACUAUAUUUCGAUUAGUAAAUAUGAAAAUUUAUUUGAACAAACUAGUCACUGUAUAAUUUGUCUUCUUUAAAAAAUUCUGAUCGUAAGCAAUUUAUAGAGCCCUGUCAUGUGUCAACUUGAAUUUGAAGGUUCCCAGUGAAAUGUUUUAUUUGUAUUCUGAAUAGGGUGUAUCCUUAACAAAUGGCUUACUUGCAUUUUCUGACUGCUGAGCUUUAGAUUAACUAUUUUAUAAUACCUCUAACACAAAAGUGCAGCCAUAAGGAAAAUGUUUGCAGGCCAGUAGAAGAGGGGGAAAAAUGCAAAGAAAUUAUUGGAGGCACCAGCUUAAUAUAUUUUCAUGCUGCCUUUCAAUGAAUGCACUUUGUUUACUAAAUAAGUUAAAUACUCCCAAAAUUAAUCAGUUAUUUUAGUGGUGGGAAAUCAGUUGAAUGGUGCAUAUGUGACUUGAAUUAUUUUCUAAUGGGGGGCAGAUGCUAACGCAGAUGAAACUUUAUAUUUUUGCCACUUAUAAUUAUUUAAAAAUCUCCAAAUUGAAUGAUGUCAUUUUAAAGUUUGGUGAAAGCUAGAAUGGCUGAAAUAAUACAAUCAUUCUGGAGCAAGAUUGUUGAUUCUGCAUCCAUUCAGUUUGCCAAAUAUCAGCUAAAGAGGACAGCUGAAAUUCUUAAAUGUCAUUCAAGACUGGUGUUCUUGCGGGCCAGCUUUUUACCUUCGGUAUUUGUGGGAGGAAAUGGUACUUCUUUUCCACUGAGGAUUAGCAAGGGCAACCUUUUUCAGUUUAAUCUAAAGCAGUAAUAGUUUAAUGUACUUGUAUGCGUGUAGCAAUGAGUGCUGUCACUUGCAACUUCCUGUGCCUGUGGCUUUCCGCAGAACUGAAAAGAGGUCUCAGGAGAGGCAAGGCCACUUUUAUAGCUGAUUGUAAAUUAGUAGCAUAUUGAAUACAAAUGUAAAGACAUUAAAGCAGCUUUUGAAGGUUAUUUAUUUGAAGAAACAGUUCCUAGUCAUUAAUUUCUGGUCCUGAAAUGCCAUUGGUCAGAAUUCAUAGCUUGUAGUAAAUGUACCAUUUCCAGUUUUGCAUUCCAUUGUUAAUAUUAUGGCUUUAAAUCUGUUAACACUCAGUUAAUAUAUGAUGUAUUGAAGGUGACUGACAAAUGAGUUCUAUACACUCGCUGAACAUUGGAUUGGAACUUUAAGUGAUUUAGGGUAACCUCUGGCAUUAAAUUGCAGUUAAACUUAUGGCAAUUUAGUACUGUUUGAAUAAUUUAAUUUUAGUGUCAUAGAACGGUAGAGCAUUGAGAAAUGGCAUUGGGUUCAACUUAUCCACACUAGCCACCUUUUCAUAUUAACUACUAGGCCCAGCAUAUGCUCCUUCUGUAUCUAAGCAAUUCAGGUGCUCAUCUAGAUAUCUAAUUGCUAUCAGCAUCCUUGUGUCAACUGCUCUCUGAGGCAGUGUACUCUCUAGAUAAAGAUGGUCUUGUCAUAUCCUCUCAAUUCCUUCUCUUUCCCCUGCCCCUCCAAACCCAUGUCCUGUAGUUUCAUCUACCUCUGAUAUGGGGGUUAAAGUUUCCUACAGUCUACCCCAUCUGAUACAAUCUUAUAGUUUAUUAUUUAUAAUAUGUGACUUAACCUGCAGGUAUUUGGGCAAGAUUUUUCUGACUUCAGCAUGGAAUAUUCUUAAUUUGAAAUCAAUUUGCAAUCUCAGUAAAUGAUCAAUCUACUGUUCAAAUAUCAAAUGUUAUUAUUGGGGAGGAAGGAAGAUUGGUUAGUACAGAUAAAUGUCUGCAGAUUUAGAUGAGUUCAAUUUUUUUUAAUUCCAUUUAAAACUAAUUUGGGAGUCAAGUAUCUACUUGCCUUUAUCAUUUGCUGGUUCAAGUCAUAAUUCGAAUUUAGCUCAGGACAUUUGAAUUUAUGUUGAAUGAAAAUUGCCUGGUGCACUUGAAUUAGUAAAUUUGAAAAUUCGUGAUUUGUCUAAGUUACUUUGAUCACAAGAAAUUCAUCAAACCUCUGAUUUAUACACUUGAAUAAGGAUGAUACUUCUAAUUUGUUUAUCUAAUUUUAGAUGACAUGCUCUUCCUGUGUAUAUAUGAGCUUGGCAACUUUUUUUCUUUCUGCCCUGCUGAACAUGCCUCACUAAUCCAGAACCGCAUUAGCCACAAAUUACACUAUCAUAAUAAUUAUCCCACUGUUAUAUGUCUUCAUUUUAUAAGAGAAACUCUUUUGGAUUCACCCCCAUUUUGCUGCUGUUUGGCCUAAUUUAUUUCUCUGUAGAAAGUCCGAUGAAGGGUUCCCUAGAAACGUUAACCUUCUUUUCCACAUUUUUUCCAGUAAUUAUUUUUGUUGGACGCCUAGUAUGUGUAGCUUUCUUUUAUUUACUUAUAAUCUGCCUAAAGCUCAAUGUACCAAUAUUUAUUGUUCUACAUAAACUUACUUGUGUCUAUUUUCCCUUCUAGAGGGAACUUGAAUUGUAUUUAAAUUUUCUGAUGAUUUCCCAAUCUUAGUGGAUUUUACUCUGUUCUUGUAGAUUGCGAACAACAUGAGACAUCAUUUCUUUGUUUCUGUUCAUUCUAACAUAAUAAUUGACAGUCAUCCAAAAAUCAAACAUGUCAGACUGAGAGGGGGUUGCAAAUUUUGUUUCCUGUAGGUUGACAGUGAUUCUUUUAGACCAGUAGCUGUUUUCAUUUGUUUUUGCAUAUGCUAGAGUAGAGCAUCUGUUGAUUCACUUUAAGAUGUGGGAUUUGAACAAGUUACCUUUUUUCAUCCAGUUUUGUGACCAUUACAUUAGAGAGAGAGACAGACACACACACAAUACUUGAUACAUUUUAAGUUUGAAAUGUUAUGCAUCCAGAGAUGCUUCUGGACCUGGCUGAUCUGAACAUGCUAUGUUAUAAACUUAAUUAUAAUAGCCAUGAAUUUUAACAGUUGUUGUCAAAGUAUAUUUUGUAGAUAUUUCAAAACAAACUAUGAUCUAACUUCUUAGAGGAAACACUGCACUUUCAAGUUUCUUAGCAAUGAAUGUAAUUUUUACCUUGAAAAAAUUUAGUAUGAACCUGUAUUUUCACCAGUCAGAUGGCCUGUAUGUUGUGAAAGUACCUCUCUUAACUCUAAUUGCAAAUGACUUUCCCCUUGUUCAUAGCAAAAUCAGUGGUAAACUUAGGACAGCAUCUUAUGAUUAAAAUGUUGUUGUUUAAAGUCAUUCCCAUUAUUUCAAAUUCUUAGUUAAUGCGUUUCUUCCUUUCUUUCGAAGUGGAAGUUAAACACAAGCCUGUAAAGAUAGCUUUGCAGUGGGAUAGAAACUCAUUUUAUAGGAAACUUUUUUGGAUUAAUGGCAAUUGUAUGGCGCACUAGUAAAAGUUAAAGAAGGUCAAUUUAGGAGUCCUUUAUGGAAUACAUUUCAUUGUUAGGAAUCCUUAAGGAAACAAAUGUUAGACAAAUGUAGGUAAGGACAGAGGAUAAAAUUGAUAAUGUGAAAUAAAAACAAAACUUUGGAAAUACUCAACAGGUUAAUCAGCAUUGGUAUAAUCAGAAUGACCUAAUGUUGUAGACCAGAGAUCAUUGAUUUUUCCAGCAUUUAAAUUUUUUUUAAUUUUUGAAUUAUAAAAUUAUCUUGAGUAUUUUAGGACUGGCUUGACUGCAAUUAUUUUUGUUGCAAACACUUCUGUUUUUCAAAUGAAUACGUAUAAGUCCACAUUAAACAAUUGAUUGGAGAUUGAAUCUCUGAAAAUACACCUCUGGUUCAUGUUGUUUGCAGCUUGUAUGAUAUUGACCAAGUCAAAGUAACCCAGAAUGGAUCAGAAAA